UCAUUUUCUUAUCAUGAUGAUAUCUGCGCAGCACUCUGUUCCAUAUGGCCGCCUGCAAGCCAGUAGCAACUAGAUGGCUGGCUGGCUGGCUGAGGCUGCUGAGCCGAAAAUUGUCUAGCAUGUCACGACCUUGCUUGAUACGCGUGUCCCAUUAUCAGAUGUCUCACGACAACAGAAUCAUCAAGAUACUAACUGAGGGUCAUACGUAUCUGGCACGAGGAUCGUCGUAUAGCAUUAAUGCUUAUGACAGAAUCAGGGCCGGAACAAUCGGGAAACAUCCGUGCCCCUUUCAAGCUUAUCGAAUGCUCGCAGAUUGACGCAAAUUGGAUCACAUUGGAUCCGAUUUGAGAUUGAGGAUUUCCCUGAUGAUCGAUGAACCUUGUGGCGACCCUCGUCUUGACUUCCACUAUCAUGGCAAAGUGGCAGUGUAAUCUAUGCAACCGUUUAUUUCGUUCCACUCAUGCAUUGUUUACCCACUGUCGCGACAAAGCUGACCACCCCUUCUGCGAGGAUUGCAAGACACUAUUCUAUAAUUAUGCUGGACUGUAUCAGCACUGGAAUGACAUAGACGAGUAUGCGUUCGAGAGCUCGGACGAUGACGAAGAUGAUGAUGAUAACGAAGAACCGCCGUUCUGCGUGGGAUGCAACAGGUGGUUUGUUGACUUGACAAAUCUUUAUCAGCACCUUGCUACCAGCUUAAAGCACAACUGGUGCUUUUUGUGCUCGCGCGAUUUUGCCACCCCGACUUCAUUGGAUCAACACUCAUCCCCUGUGCACGAAGGCCUGGAUUUCGAGUGUCCUCUGUGCUCAAAGAGGUUUAUGACCCCUUCCUCGAUCGCCCCUCACAUUCAGUCGGGGACUUGUCACAAUAUCUCACGAGCCCAGGUAAUCACGGCAGUCCAUGCACUCAAAAUAGUGCCUACGAUUUCGGUCUCUCGCCGCAUAGAAGGCGGAUCGACCCGCGUUGCGUCUUACUAUGUGACAGAGCGCGCAUUCAACGGCACUGCUUAUGAGUGUUAUUUUUGCCACCUUACUUUCCGUACCUUGGGAGCUCUGAACUCCCACAUCAACUCUCCGGCGCAUGACGCGGAUGAGUUCAAGUGCCCAAAGUGCGAGAGGAAGUACAAGUUUGUUUCAGGCCUGAUGCAGCACAUUGAAAGUGAAGCGUGUGGGAUUCCAAGGUUUGAAGUGGUGGAGGACUUUACGAUGAGCUUGAUUGACCAGUUACUAUGAAGCGCUUGAAACUUUAACUUCAUUUGAAAAGGGAUAUGUACUGUAAGUGUAACAUACAUGGUGUAUUUCUAUGAGAAAGUGAAUCAGAAUCGGUUUGUCUCUUUGUUGUCGUCACUGAAGAAGUUCUAGCCCAGAGCUCACCUUAGUUGACAACAGUUUUGUGAACACUGAAAACGUACUGAAUUCGUUAAAGUGACAGGUUCACCAGCUUUUAGUGAAAUUUUGAAUGGUGCGCCAUUUUUUCUUGUUUACAUCGUGGUAUCUCUUCCCUGACUCCCACGUUAAUCUGAACUCAGUGUUCUUCCGGUCAAUGAACGUUUAUCAAAGUUAGUG